AUGGCCGUGUCAGUCCUCGCCAUCGUGGUGGCUCUUCUGAGUCCAACCUCAGCGUUACAGGUUACCCCGGAUUCGGCCUGUUCUUCCGUUUGCAUAGACGUUCCGACAUCUGAUAUUUCUGAACCGGAUGUUUCAAACACUUCUGCGUCUGAAAUCGUGUGCAGAGAUGACGACUAUUCAACCGGUCAAGCUGGAUACACGUAUUCGACUUGCCUCAACUGUCUUCAGAAUAGCAGCGCGUCAAAAUUCGAUGAGAACGACCAAGCAUGGUACUUUUGUGAGUCAAAACCAACUACUACUCUCAGUAUGCUAGAAUUUACUGAUGCUAUCUUCCAAGAUAAUCUCCGAUAUGCCUUGAAUAGCUGCAUAUUCGGGACCACCAAUGCUACCGACCCGAUUUCGACACCAUGUGGAACAAGCUCGGUCUGUGGGAGGAUCCAACUAGCUCUGGCCCAUGGUAUGCAAACGCCAUCAACCACGGGACAAUAUUCUUACUGUACGGCCUACGACAACUCGUUCUUGGGAUCUGGUCUGGAUAUUUGCCAAGAAUGUCUCAGGCUCAACAGCGAAUCUUCAUAUCUGGCCAACUUCCUUACUGCACUUCGAGCAGGCUGUACCCAGCGACCAGGCAAAGGCCUAGUUGUUGGGCUGAACAGUACUUUAUUCACCAAGUACGAAGUUGCCAUCACGUUCCCGCAUAACCCCUCAGCGGCAGCCCGGGAGAAGCGCAAAGGCUUGUCCACAGAGUCCAUCGUUGGUAUGGCAGUUAGUUGCGGGGUGCUAUUGCUGAUCUUGGUUGCAAUCGCCAUCAUAUGCAUAAGAAAGCGACGGAAUACGAGACGUCUGAAUCGAUUCCAGCGCCCCCUCCAUGAACGAUUCGGCGCCGAGAAUAUUACCGCGCCUAAUCGAGGAGCUUUCAGCUCAACACAGAAUUCGCCUCCGUUGAAAGAGGAAGUACAAAUGUCUCGCGCUCCCAAGGUCAGGAAUAUUAGUCUAUCGAGGCAGCUUCCUCAGAGAGCUGGAGAAUGGCAAGGAAUCCAACCAUCUUGGGAGAUAAACUCUCCGAAUCCACCAAGCUACUCACCACCCCGGCGCGAUGGUGAUUCCCUACCGGCCCAUCACGCCUACAUACCUCCGGAAUACACACCUCCAUCCCGGAACUCUACGUCUCCCUUGUACUUCCCGCCACCGGCCUCGCCCCCGCAACAGUCCCCCCAGCCGUUACCCGCUUCACAUCCUCAGCGGAUGUCCCUUCCAGCCACAGAAAGCCAACAAAAAGACAGCCUACCCGUGGCGCCAAGCACAUCGCUAUCUAGAGGACCAAGCAUCGAUUCGCGUAUCGUCCCCAACAGGCAAGAAGCUUCAAUGGAUACCAGGCGUCUAAGCAACACACCACCAUCUCUGCCCGGCCCCCUGGGCCCUGGACUCCCGCGAACAUCAAACAACACCGCUCUCCCCGACCCUCCGAUCAUGGGUAGCGGCAACAACUCCGACCCAUCAUCAUCAACCUCCUCCUCCAUCACCCCCUCGGUGCCUCCCCUCCAGCGACAGCAGAAUCCCGGAACCGGAACGUCCUCUCCUUCCCACUCCCGCCACCCUAGCACAGCCGCCAGGAUCCAAAUUCAGAACCUAGGUGUGCGCCGCGGCUUCGUGCCCAGCCCGGUCCAAACAACAGCUGCCGCCGCCGCCUCGGUUACCCAGUGCGGAGAGCAUGCCCCCCAGGGAGCGAGAGGGGGGAUGGGGAUGUACAGGGAAGGCGUGGGGGGGACGCGGGCUCAUGGACCGGAGACGGUCGAGGCCGUGGAGAGGCCGAGACCAGAUAGCGAUGCUAGCGAGGAGCUGUGGCCUGGUAGGUACUGA